ACAAAAUUGAGUGCGGAAUUUAUUUUAACAUUUAAGAGUGGAGUGUUCAACACAUAUGGUAUAUAACUGUGAGAUAAGCAUCUAUAUGUGCAUUCAUAUAUUGAUGGCAAACUGACACAAGGAGAAUUAACAAUACUAGCAAGGCUACUCCACAGUGUAUGCAAGUACAGAACACCAAGUACAAAUUGUUUAAAUUUAAAGUAUGAUUUCAUCUUUUGUAAUUAAAAUAACAGACACAAUCGAAAUCAGGAUGUAGAACAGUAACAAUGGGGUAUCAUUUGGUAUAAAUCUCAAUAUCACUAAAAUAGAGGAUUGUUGUAGAAAGAAUUAUAUGACAUCGAAUACUGCAGACUCAUCUUCAGUUAUGAAGCCUGACGCAUCAAGAAAAAGGCAUUCAUCAUUCAGUGGACACAUUAUUCAUGGUCAUCACCAUCACCGUAGCAACCUAAAGGUUGUUGGAGGCUGGUUGCUAACCAUUUGUAUUAUCCUAAGCGUUGCUAUGAUCUACUUUGAACAGCUCCAUCAGACAAAUCUCAAUGUCUAUGCCAAUUUAAAUAAUUGUGAAGAAUGCAAUGUAACAUUGUCUUCCUCAAACUGUACAUAUGCUGCUCAAUCCCGUCACUUUGUUGUGCUAGCAGCUCCGAGGACUGGCUCAACUCUAUUGGUUCAGUUGAUAAACCAGCACCCAGAUCUGAAAAGUUACCAAGAGCUGCUUCAUAUGGAUAUGCAUUUAAGCCCCCGAGGGUUGGAUAACAGUCCAAAAUACAAAGUGUUCCAUUAUGUAAGAGAUGUCAUACACAAGUGGGGUUGCUAUAAAUUAACUGGUUUUAAACUGUAUACUCAACACUUAGAAGAUGCAAAAAUUGAUCUAAGGACAGUGUUGGAGCUUUUAGAGUGGCCAAAAGUAAUUGUCUUACAUCGGGAAAAUAUGUUCGAGGCCUAUGCUUCCUUGAGGAAAGCUUUUCAGACUCAUAUUUGGAACACUGAGAUCCCAGAAGUGGCCAAAAGGCUCCAGGCUGUCCGGGUAAACGUGACAUGGACAGAAUAUAAAGAGUAUUUUCAAAGGCAGCGUAGAUUAUGGUAUGCAAGUCUCAAAGAUUUAGAGGGAUAUCCUUUCUUAAUAAACUUCACAUACAACGAUGUUGCACAUUUCCAUAAGGAAGUCAUGAAAAAGAUUGAGAAAUUUUUAGGAGUUCCUCCUUCACCCGUUCCCUAUGAGCCAUUACUUAUCAAAAUCGGCACUGGUACAUUGCAUCAAAAGGUGCAAAACUUUCAGGAAAUAGAAGAAUGGUAUUUGGAGGAAUUUGAAGAUGAUGUAAAAAUUAACUUAAAUGAUAUGAAAGAAAAGUUGCAGAAUCCUGAGGAAAGAGACAAAAUAGCAGCAUUUUUCUUUAGAUUAGCAAGACCACAAGGUGCCCUAGAAGCCCCUGCACACGAGGUUGAACAAAUAUAUCCAGAGCUGGAGUAGUUUGUCAUAAUUAUGAACCUAAUAUAUAUAUCUAUGACACAAUGGCUUUGAUGUUAAUAAUAAUAAUGUACAUAUACACUCAAUCGUCAACAUCAAAUCUAAUUUUUUAUGCAUCUAAUUUUUUCCCUUUUUUUCCUGCAUUCAUAGUCAGUCUCUUUUGGUCAAUAUUAUAAUCUGCUCCUAAAGCUUGGGUAUGUUCCGCAUGCUUCAUAUUAUGAAGAAAAUAAUGGUUCAAUUAGUGAAAAAAUAUAAACAGUGUUAAGGAAAAAUCUUAGUUACUAACUAUUAUAAUAAUAAUGAUUCUUGGGAGCCAAAGAAGAUUGUCAAAGGCAAGACUUAUUGGAUGACCUAUACAACCCAAUGAGCUAUAAAUAUAAAAAUUGAAUGAUUUGUAAUCAGUGAUAAGAGAGAUUUAGUGCCCACUAGAACAAUUCGCAUGAUCUACUGUAAAUUUGUUUAAGUUGUUGGUAUUUUAUUC